CAUCGUCUCGUGUGCUCCACACUUUGACCAGAUAAGGGUCUCAGUGUUACCUGUCUUCAAGAAGCAGCUUCUCCGAAGGACUGAACAAUGCAAAGGUGGCCCAGAUGUUACAGGAGCUACCAUCCUCUGGCGAGAAACGAAGUGGAAUUGAACACUUGCAAAACAAUGCCGAGAGCGAAGGAAAGAAAACAAAAACCCAAAGGGGCCGCCGCUCCGGUGGCUCCCAUUCUUCAGAAGUUCCUGAAGACGUACCAAAAGCACUGCACACAGUCUAGGACUUCCAUGUGUCCCGCCAUCCAGAGGGACCUAAAGAGCAGCAUUGACAGAGAGCAGAUCCUCAGGAAGUUCAUGCUCGUGAGGGCUGGUAACUGCUCAGCCAACACUCUGCCUGUUUCCUUGGAACCUUUGCUCAUGACCAUCCGAGAUGAGAGCUACACAAUGGCCAGGGAGAUCUGCAUCUGGGGCCUUCAGCUGACGAACCCGGAGAUCGCCAGACUCGCGUUGUUUCUGGAGCAGAAGGGGCACACCAAUUGCCCACUGACUACGUUGGAAAUCAUUGAUUGCAAGAUGGAUCUGUGGUCUUUGGGGCGACUUGGGAAAGCUCUGCAGCUCAGCAGCUUGCACUUCCUGGCCCUCGACUACUGCAAGUUUGGAAACGAAGAACUUGAGAGAAUCUUCUCUGGCCUGGAGAGCAACCGAAGGCUCCAGGGCCUCAGUAUGCGCUACUGCGGGCUGGGCCCCCAGAGCGGGCCAAGGCUGGGCUCCGUCAUCAGCCACAGUGCCAUUUGUGAGCUGCGCCUGGAUGGAAAUUCCUUGCAGUGUUCUGGAGCACUAGCUCUCCUCAGACCUAUAGCAGAAUAUGCAGAGACGCAGAGGAAGGACCAGCCUACCUUGGCAUCAGCACACGCUGGAAAUCCCCCUCCACUUCCCCAAGCGUGCCGGGGAGCAAGCUCAACUUUGAGUCCGAUUGAGAAAUCCUCCAAAGCUUUAACAACGAAAAGGACCUCACAGAAGAAGAGCGGGAAAGGAGGAAUCAGGAAACAAGUUGGAAGCUUGCUGGAAGCCGGCCCUUGGAUAGUGACGCUGUGUUUGGCAGAUAACAGCAUAGAUGGAACAGGAAAGGAGGGAGAGCGACUGCUGGAGCUCACUCGAACUGUAACAUGCCUAAUCAAAUACUCAACUCACUUAAGGGAGAUGGACCUCGGGAACAAUGUCCUUGGAGAAACGGCUGCAAUGGACAUCCUGGAAGCACUGAGAGCCAGAAAGACAGGUAAACUACCACCCUUAAAAGUUACAGUCACUCCUCGGAUCUCUUCUGACACCUUCAGAUCUAUUUGGAAACUUAGCAAGAAAUCUACUAGGACCCGUAAAAAGAAGAAAAAGAUAAAAAACUGAAUACAGAUGCCAUUUUUCCAAACAGAUGAUGCCUAUGUCCAUGUCAAGACAGACACAGCUAGAAGGACACCAUGUGUUGUAAACAAAUGUUUCUCAUUGCCAUCACUCACCUGAUUUUAGGUCCUAAAAUUCAUCAACACCACUUAGCAGUCUAUUCUGUCACACAAAUCGGUCUCUAAACUGUGGGUUUCAUUUUGUCUCUGCUGCCCUAAGUGACCAGGAGGAGGCCGAAGCUUCACUGGUAAACCAUUGCUACUGGAGACCCCUUAUCCACAAUGGCCUAACUUGGGGAAAGUUACUGUGCCCAUUCUUCUCAGGAACAUCGAACUGUGAUGAGCCUGUGCGUGUCAGGUGGCAGAGGCCCCUUAUGCAACAGGUAUCUGCAAGAUCAAUGCAUGGGAAAAUGAAAAAAGUCAUUGGUUGUGAUGGUGUCAUGGGGCUAAGGACUGUUGAAAGAGGAUCUAAAACGAUAGACCCUAAAGAAUUAAAAUUGAACCCAGCAUGAUGGUACAGGUCUGUAAUCCUAGCAGUUGGGAGAUAGAGGAAGUUUAAAGCCAUCCCCAGCUAUACAGGGAGUUCAAGGCUAUCCUGGGG